AUGGUAAUUGAUUUGUAAUUUGAGAAUAGCAAAAUAAGUCAAACUAUAUCACAUCAUAUCAUCUACUAAAUGUAUAUGACUAUGGAAAUUAGAAACGACGAGAAUACAAAAAAAAUCUAUAUAUGUCAAGGUAUUUCGAUAAAUCUGUAUUUAUAUAGAUGGGUGAUGUGCAGAAAUAUAAUAUAAAAACUUUAUAAUCAAUGUAUAGAUAUUUAAUGA